AUGGGCCCCAAGCAGAACAAGUACUCGGUCAUUCUCCCGACCUACAAUGAGCGCAGGAACCUCCCGAUUAUCUGCUGGUUGUUGGAGAGGACAUUCAGAGAGAACAAUCUCGAUUGGGAGGUCAUCAUCGUCGACGACGGUUCCCCUGACGGCACGCUCGAGAUCGCCAAACAGCUCCAAAAGCUCUGGGGCGCCGAACACAUCAUCCUGAAGCCUCGCGCAGGCAAGCUCGGUCUCGGAACCGCCUACGUGCACGGUCUCCAGUUCGUCACGGGCAACUAUGUCAUCAUCAUGGACGCCGACUUCAGCCACCACCCGAAGUUCAUCCCGGAGAUGAUUAGCAUUCAGAAGGAGACGGACGCGGACAUCGUCACGGGCACCCGGUACGCGACUCGCGGCGAGAUCAAGGGCGGCGUGUUCGGGUGGGAUCUGUUCCGCAAGUUCACCUCGCGCACGGCCAACCUCAUCGCCGAUGUCAUGCUCAUGCCUGGUGUGAGUGACCUUACGGGCAGCUUCCGGUUGUAUAAGAGGAGUGUGCUGGAUAAGGUGAUCCAUAGUACAGCGAGUAAGGGGUACAGUUUCCAGAUGGAGAUGAUGGUGCGGGCCAAGGCGAUGGGAUUCAAGGUCGCCGAGUGUCCGAUUACGUUUGUCGAUCGUCUGUAUGGAGAGAGCAAAUUGGGUGGUUCGGAGAUUGUGGAGUACCUCAAGGGUGUGAUGACUUUGUGGCUCAAGGUUUGA